GAGGCGUGCUGGAUUGUUUUGUUUGAGAGCAACGCGCUGUGGUUGCUGGGGGUUGUAGUUGGGCGGCGGGGCGAAGUACGCGGCGGGUGGGGCGGGCGGACUCGCCCUCCCGUGGUGCCCCGCGCAGGAGCGGCCUGUGGGGCUCGCUGAGGAGGACCUCCUUUUGCCUCCGCCGUUGUCGCCGCUUGCUGGUCCGCCAUGGGCUCCCUGCUCACCCGCCGCAUCGCCGGUGUGGAGGAUAUCGACAUCCAGGCUAACUCGGCCUACCGCUACCCGCCCAAGUCCGGGAACUACUUUGCCAGUCAUUUCUUCAUGGGAGGAGAGAAGUUUGACACACCACAUCCCGAGGGGUACCUCUUUGGGGAGAACAUGGACCUGAACUUCCUUGGCAACAGGCCUGUCCAGUUUCCCUAUGUAACCCCAGCGCCUCAUGAGCCGGUGAAGACUUUGCGAAGCUUGGUGAAUAUCCGCAAAGACUCCCUUCGCUUGGUCAGGUACAAAGAAGAUGCAGACAGCCCCACCGAGGAGAACGGAAAGCAGAAGGCCUUGUACAGCCUGGAGUUCACCUUUGAUGCUGAUGCACGUGUCGCAAUCACCAUCUACUGCCAGGCGACUGAGGAGUUUAUCAGUGGCAUGGUUGUCUACAGCACCAAGAACCCUUCUCUGCAGUCGGAGACGGUGCACUACAAGCGAGGGGUGAGCCAGCAGUUCUCCCUGCCCUCCUUCAAGAUUGACUUCUCCGACUGGAAAGAUGAUGAGCUGAACUUUGAUCUCGACCGGGGCGUAUUUCCUGUGGUCAUCCAGGCUGUGGUGGAUGAAGGCGAUGUGGUCGUGGAAGUGACUGGCCAUGCCCACAUCCUCCUGGCUGCCUUUGAAAAGCAUGUUGACGGCAGCUUCUCAGUCAAGCCUCUGAAGCAGAAGCAAAUUGUGGACCGGGUCAGUUACCUGCUCCAGGAGAUCUAUGGCAUUGAGAACAAGAACAACCAGGAGACCAAGCCCUGCGACGAUGAGAACAGCGACAACAGCAACGAGUGUGUGGUGUGCCUCUCAGACCUGCGGGACACCCUCAUCCUGCCCUGCAGACACCUCUGCCUUUGCAACUCCUGUGCGGACACCCUGCGCUACCAGGCCAACAACUGCCCCAUCUGCCGCUUGCCAUUCCGAGCCCUGCUGCAGAUCCGAGCAGUGAGGAAGAAGCCGGGAGCUCUGUCGCCCAUCUCCUUCAGCCCUGUCUUGGCACAGACCCUGGACCACGAUGAGCACUCGUGCUCAGACAACAUUCCUCCGGGCUACGAGCCUAUCUCCCUGCUGGAGGCUCUGAACGGCUUGCGUUCCAUCUCGCCCUCCAUCCCUUCAGCUCCCCUCUAUGAUGAAAUCACCUACACAGGUGUGCUGGAUGGGCUUCCUCCCUCCAACAGACCCUUGAUGGGGCUUGACCGGGCCGUUGAGAGCAGCCAUCAGAAAAGCAAGCGCAGCAAGUCUCCAGACAGCACUCUGCGCUCUCCCUCUUCACCCAUCCAUGAAGAGGAUGAGGAAAAGCUCUCAGACGCCUCGGACUUGCAGCCCCCACUCUGUGGGACAGAACUGGUUCUGCGAGAGGCCAGCUCCCCAGAGAGCUUGGCUGUGGAAGAGGUGGAGGAGGUCUCCUCACUUCAGCAAGGUAGCCAGCCUCCCUCCGCUGAGGACAUCCUGCAGGAGAGCAGCGGGGCCUCCGAGUCCCGGAGCCUUCCCAAAGUGGAGAGCGAGCUGCCGGCCGACGUGUACCUGCCAGGGUUUUCCGACUUCGCCACCGGCAGCAUCCAGAGCAGUGGGACCGGCCGUUCGGGGCGGCCGCAGCAGCAGCAGCAGCAGCCCUUCCUCUUCAGCCAGCCUCCUCUCUGCAUGGACGCUGGGGAGGGGCCCCCCUGAGCGCCUGGCUCAGGCCCGGAGUCGCAGCCCAGGGCCUCCCCCCCCCACCGUGUGCUCUCCUGGGCCGCCUGCCUGCAGGAUCCCGUGACCCGCCCCCACCCCGGAAGGAUUCUUGAUGGGCCACCGCUUCGCCCACUGUGCCAGACAGACAUUGUUCCUUCUCCCUUGGGCCCUGCCUCCGCCCAGCUCGCCCGCCCCCAAGGAGGGGCUCUUUGGACAGGCAUGCAUGUUCUCACCCCUCCCUCGCCUGUCCGCACUUGGGAGCAGGGGCAAGAGUGGUGGAAGGGCCCACCCCCUUCCCCGCUCCUUUGUAAAUAUCUGCUGGCCCUCUGGCCUUCCAUAUAAACACUCUCCUCCUCCUCCUCCUCCCUUGCCUGGCUGCUUUGCUGUGGCAGCUCCACCCCACGGAGGGCUCCUCUCCUGCAGCUGCCCCUGCAGAAAGGAGUGGGGUGGGGUGGGGGAACUUGGGCCUCCUCUGCAAGAAAGCUGGGGUGGGGUGGGUUCGAGGGGGGCAGCUAGAGAGCAGGCCCGGCCCCCUCGCCGUGUGUGUGGUGGGGUGGCCUGCUUGAUGAGCUGCCUCCAGCUCCUCUCCAAGUGCCCGAGGGCCAGUGGAGCUGGGCUUGCCCCGGCCACCUUGUGUGGCUGACAGCCAGGUGCCCCGGGGUGCUGCCUGGUUUCCUGCAAAGAGCUCCUGCCCUUUUGUGGAGGGCAGCGUGGGCCAGGGCCUCGUGGCUGGGGAAGGGGAACUUGUCUGAGCUCAGGCAGUGGGGCUGGGAGGAGCUGGACCAGGAGCUGGACCAGCGAGAGCCACCGCCCACCUUGCCUGGCCCCUGCUUCCCCGUGCCUUGCUCCUGCUUCCCCCAGAGGGCAGGGACUCUCCCUCCGGGUCCCCUGUUCCCUCUUGGCUUCCCUGUUCCCUCCUCUUCUGUGGUGCCAGAUUUUCUUUCUCACAAGAAGGCAGAGCUGAUCUCUGGCUCAGCCUCUGUGGUGUGUCUUGUUCUCCCUUGUGCAGAGCCUCUCCUGGGUUGGCCCCUUUCUCCAGCCGUGGGUGGGGGGAGGGCCUGCAGGCUGCUCUGGAGACUCCUCCUUCCUCGGAGGGCCAGCUCUGGCUUCUGGAAGCUGCCUUCGGGCCCUUGGAGUGGCUUGUGCCAGUUUCCUUCUGCCAUCAGUGGGGGCAGAUCAGCCUUGACUCUAGCCUUGGGGCUACCAAGUGUAAGAGCCAGGAGGACCCCAGUUCGAGUCUUGCCUCGGCUGCAGGCCCGCCCCCAGGUGGCAGGCACCCCCCUUCUUCUCUCAAAGCCCCCUUCCCCUUUCCAGGGGGGAGAGGAUUAUAUACUGACCUACCUGACAAGGUGGUGCCAUGAUUAUCGUGGUGGUGAUUCUGUGUGGAGUGCUUUGAACAGUGGAAAUGCACUACAUAAAUGCUGAGUAUGACGAUG